GAAUAUUCGAUGGCUCUAAUUGGUAAGGGUGUUCUAACCCUAGAGGAGCGGAGCGCCAAUGUCGUCGCGCGUGGCAGCUCUGUGGAAUCAUCCUGCUGGUCCCAAGACAAUCCAUUUCUGGGCGCCGACGUUCAAGUGGGGGAUUUCCUUCGCCAACAUUGCGGAUUUCUCCAAGCCGCCGGAAAAGAUCUCGUAUCCUCAGCAAUGCGCCGUCACUUGCACGGGGAUAAUCUGGUCGAGAUAUAGCACUGUGAUCAAUCCGAUCAAUUGGAACCUGUUCAGUGUCAACAUCUUCAUGGCUGGAACAGGAAUCUAUCAGCUCUCUCGAAAAAUCAGGCAAGACUACCUCAAAGACAAAGAGUGAUCGAUCGGAUUGGAAAGACACACAAUCGCUGUUUGUACGAAGGCACUCGAUCAAAACAGGCUAGCUCCGCCAUUUUUUCGGGCCAUCGUCCCACAAAGAUUUGAUUUUUCCUCUCUUC